AUGGCCCCCAAUAUUGUUGUUGUGACAGGUGCAAAUACGGGCCUAGGAUACGCAAUCGUCAAGGGACUUCUGGAGUCUUCAAAGACAUACCACAUUUACCUCGGAAGCAGAUCUGCUCAGAAGGGAGAUGAAGCGGUCAAAAAGGUUUGCGGAGAGGUUCCAGAGUCUAAAAGCACUGUUGAGCUACUUGAAAUCGACGUCAGCAGUGAUGAGUCCGUAACCAAAGCUGCGGAUAUAGUAGAGAAGGCCCAUGGCCGUCUUGACACACUUGUGAACAAUGCUGGCGUGGGAUUUGAUUCGCUGUUUACUACGGGUCAGAUGUCCUUGCGAGAUUCCUUCAACAAAACCUUUGACAUUAAUGUUGCGAGCGCAAAUGUUGUCACUUAUACCUUUGCUCCUCUCCUCAUCAAAUCCUCGGAUGCGCGCCUGAUCUUUUUGGCUGGCAUAGGACAGAUAACAAUCGCGGCUGAGAAUUACUUCCCAACACCACCAUUGCCUGCAGGUUGGCCAAAGGAAGUUGGCUUUGAGACAAUUGCGUAUCGUAGUAGCAAGGUAGCAAUGAAUCUAGUCAUGCUGGACUGGAAUCACAAGUUGAAAGAAGACGGAGUGAAGGUGUGGAGUAUCAAUCCAGGGUUCUGUGCUACUGGGUUGGUCGACGGGAAUGCGGAAACAAUGAGUGCAAUGGGUGCACAGCCAGCCAGCGUGGGAGCACAGAACAUCAUCUCGGCUAUUGAAGGCAACCGAGACUCGGAUGUUGGGAAAUGUCUUGAUACAGAUGGUUUGCUACCAUGGUAG